CUCGUAAACGUGGUUUUGAAAGUUUCAAGGGACCCACGCGCGAGCUUUAAACCGCACCUGGAUUCCGCGGAAGCUCUCCAGGAGCGGGGUGCUGAGCAGCUCCGGCGGACAGCUGCCGCUCAGCUCGGGGUUCAGGGAGAAGAGCUCGACGCGCGCCGGGCACCAGCCUGCCCACCCGGAACUGGUGCCCGGGCGGCGGUGAGGGCACGAUUCCGGGCCGGAGCUUGAGGGUGGCCAGGGGCGGAUAGGAAGACGCGUGGGCGGCUCCUGUGCACACCCUGAGCUGUGGAACAGCCGUGUGCCGAGAACAUCACCGAGAUGCGCUGAGUUUUGCAGGAGGACGCGAGAAGCUAGAGGGGUCCGGGAAACGAGUGUCCUGUAGAACUGGGAGGCGUUUGCUCUCCAAGUUUUGUUUUGUUUUUUAAAAGUUUGAGGCAGUAUAGUUGAUAUUGGCCCGCAGGUACGUUUGCUGAGCUGCGCUAGAAACGUCACUGGCUGGAGAUUCACGAUGUGGAAAGUCCUUUUCUUAACUAUGCUAACUCUGGCGCUGGUUAAGGCACAAGACACCGAAGAAACCAUCACAUACACGCAAUGCACCGAUGGGUAUGAGUGGGACCCUCUACGUCAGCAAUGCAAAGAUAUUGAUGAAUGUGACAUUGUCCCAGAUGCUUGCAAAGGUGGAAUGAAAUGUGUCAACCACUAUGGAGGAUACCUCUGCCUUCCUAAAACAGCCCAAAUUAUUGUCAACAAUGAACAACCUCAGCCUCAGCAAGAAACACCAGCCGCUGAAGCCUCCUCGGGUGCAACCACUGGGGGUGUUUCUGCCAGCAGCAUGGCAGCCAGUGCAGUGGUGCCUGGGGGUGGUUUUGUGGCCAGUGCUGCAGCAGUCGUAGGCCCUGAAGUGCAGACUGGCCGAAAUAACUUUGUCAUCCGGAGGAACCCAGCUGACCCUCAGCGCAUGCCCUCCAUCCCUUCCCACCGGAUCCAGUGUCCAGCAGGCUAUGAGCAGAGUGAGCAUAACUUGUGUCAAGACACGGAUGAGUGCACGGCAGGGACACACAACUGCAGAGCAGACCAAGUAUGCAUCAAUUUACGGGGCUCCUUCGCAUGCCAGUGCCUUCCCGGGUAUCAGAAGCUGGGAGAGCAGUGUGUAGACAUAGACGAAUGUGCUGUGCCUCCGUAUUGCCAGCAGAGAUGUGUGAACACGCCAGGCUCGUUCUAUUGCCAGUGCAGCCCCGGGUUUCAGUUGGCAGCAAACAACUACACCUGUGUAGAUAUAAAUGAAUGUGAUGCCAGCAACAAGUGUGCUCAGCAGUGCUACAACAUUCUAGGUUCGUUCAUCUGCCAGUGUAAUCAAGGAUACGAGCUGAGCAGUGACAGGCUUAACUGUGAAGACAUUGAUGAAUGCAGAACUUCAAACUACCUGUGUCAAUACCAGUGUGUCAAUGAGCCUGGGAAGUUCUCGUGUAUGUGUCCCCAGGGGUACCAAGUAGUGGGAAGAACGUGUCAAGAUAUAAAUGAAUGUGAGACUACCAACGAAUGCCGAGAGGAUGAAAUGUGUUGGAAUUAUCAUGGUGGCUUCCGUUGUUACCCGCGAAAUCCUUGUCAAGAUCCCUACGUUCUAACAGCAGAGAACCGAUGCGUUUGCCCAGUUUCUAAUGCUAUGUGUCGAGAUCUGCCCCAGUCCAUGCUCUACAAAUACAUGAGCAUCAGAUCGGACAGGUCUGCACCAUCAGACAUCUUCCACAUACAGGCUACAACUAUAUAUGCCAACACCAUCAAUACUUUUCGGAUUAAAUCUGGAAAUGAAAAUGGAGAAUUCUACCUAAGACAAACAAGUGCUGUAGGUGCAAUGCUUGUGCUGGUGAAGUCACUAUCAGGACCAAGGGAAAUCGUCGUGGACCUGGAGAUGCUGACAGUCAACAGUUUAGGGACCUACCGCGCAAGUUCGGUGUUAAGAUUGACAAUAAUAGUGGGGCCAUUUGCAUUUUAGCCUUUUAUGAGCAUCUACCACAGGCAUUUAAACCAGCCAAAGAAUAUUGUUACUUUAAAGCACUAUUUUAUUUAUAGAUAUAUCAAGUAUAUCUACAUCUGUAUACUGUACAUGCACCCAUAAUUCAAACAAUUACACAACGGUAUAAAAUGGGCGUUUAAUCUGUAAAGAUUCAAACUUUGUCUUUAUUAUUAUGUGUAAAUUAGACACUAAUCCACUAAACUGGUCUUCCUCAAGAGAGCUAAGCAUACAUAAUCUGGUGGAACUUGGAUUCUUUCCUAUAAAAAUGGAGCCAGGCAAUGAUGCUCUUCCGUGGUGCGUAAGGACAGCUCCAUUGACAGUCUUCCAAGGAAGCAGCCAUCAUGACCUGAGAAGCAUGCGAGGGCAAAAAAGAGAUUUUUAACUGCUUUGUAAGAAAAUGGGAAAUGUCAAUAAAGAUAUACUUCUUUAGAAAAUGAGGAGCUACCAUAUUUAUGUUCAUCCUUAUUUUCAUGAAUCUACAAGUGGUUUCUGUAGGUAUUUUAGAUUUUGUAAGGAAUCUUAGAAGUUUUAAAACUCAAUAAUUAAAGUUUUCCAAAAUAAACCAAAUAUCCUCCAGAAAAGUAUUCUAUUAAGAAAUCAGUGAGAAAGUAAUAAAAAAUAACUUUCUGAGCCACUUUAGAGUUGGCCUGAAGAAGUAAAUACGGGAAUGUCCAUGUACUCAAAAUCCUAAAAGAUGAAGAGUAAAAUGAGAAAAAACUAUUUCCCGGGAUAAGUUUAAUUUCUAAGUAAAAUUAAAAUUUUAGCACUUCACUAAUUUGUAAAUAAAAGUUUUUAUCUUUGUCCUUGAUGCUCACAGAGGAAGAAAAUUAUGAUGGUUCUUAUUUGUGGCACUCAGAAUGACAGUAAGCUAAAGCAAAUCUCUCCAUCCCAAUUCUAUGAAAACAUUUUAUGUCUUCUUAUUUGUUUAAAAUGUAAUUGAUUCAUUUUAGUCUGUUAUUUUUUAAAUAAAAAUAUUCUUUUUAAAGGA